AGUAACAGUGUCAUGUGCGGGGCUGCAGACUGUAAACGGCAGGCUUGAGUUCACGCAUUAUUAACGCCAGAGCGAUUCACUCUGUCUUAUGCUCGUGUUUUGUUUUGUUUCUGUUUUUUCUUUUUAGUUUUUGAGGAUGACGAGUAAAAUGAAGUUCGUUCGGUCUCUGAUGAAGGCUGCAACUCUGGCCAACGUGCCCAAACACAUCGAUCACUUCUCCAAGUUCUCACCUUCUCCUCUGUCAAUGAAGCAGUUCUUGGAUUUCGGUUCGACCAAUGCCUGUGAGCGCACUUCGUUCGUCUUCCUUCGUCAGGAGCUUCCGGUCCGUCUGUCCAACAUCAUGAAGGAGAUCAGUCUGCUGCCAGACCGGCUGCUGGUCACGCCCUCUGUCCAACUGGUCCAGAACUGGUACGUCCAGAGCUUGAUGGAGAUCCUGGAGUUUCUGGACAAAAACCCAGACGACCAGAAAGUCCUCGAGACGUUUGUAGAGGUCUUAGAGGCCAUCAGGAACCGGCACAACGACGUGGUCCCCACCAUGGCUCAGGGAGUAAUUGAAUACAAAGAUGCCUUUGGCAAGCAGGAUGCCGUUACUGACCAUAACAUCCAGUACUUCCUGGACCGCUUCUAUACCAGCCGCAUCUCCAUCCGCAUGCUCAUCAACCAGCACACUCUGGUCUUCAAUGGAAACAUAAACCCCGCCCACCCCAACACCAUUGGCUGUAUUGACUCCACAUGUGACGUGACGGAGGUUGCACGAGAUGCCUAUGAGAGCGCUAAGUUGCUGUGUGAGCAGUAUUACCUCGGAGCACCGGAGCUGGAGCUGAGGCAAAUGAAUGCCAACAACAUCAGAGAGCCCAUCCAUAUCUCAUACAUCCCAUCUCACCUGUAUCACAUACUCUUUGAACUUUUCAAGAACGCAAUGAGAGCAACCAUUGAGACUCAUGAGGCCAGCAGGACCCUGCCGCCCAUUAAAGUCAUGGUCGCCCUUGGUGGAGAGGACCUGUCAAUCAAGAUGAGUGACAAAGGAGGUGGCGUUCCUUUCAGGAAGACAGAGCGUCUGUUCAGCUACAUGUACUCCACAGCUCCCAGACCGUCCAUAGAAGACAAACACAGAGCACCACUGGCAGGAUUUGGCUAUGGCCUUCCCAUCUCCCGUCUCUACACGCGCUAUUUCCAGGGAGACUUACAGCUGUACUCUAUGGAGGGUAGUGGCACUGACGCCGUCAUACACCUGAAGGCGUUGUCUACAGACUCAGUGGAGAGGCUCCCAGUUUUUAACAAGACCGCUUUGCGUCACUACAAGCUGAGUUUGGAGGCAGAUGAUUGGUGCAUUCCAACCAAGGAGCCGCUGGACCUGGCCAUCUACCGCGCUGCAAAGUGAUUCAGCACUAACAUGAUGACCCGACACAAACACUUACAAGCUGACCAUAAAAUGUCCUUUAAAGGCAGGGCAUUGUGGGACCAGAACUACUGGGGGUGGAUGGGAGCGCAGUCCCAAUUGUCUGGGAACUUUCUUGAUUGGAGCGAGCGUGUGGUAUCUUCUUCCGCUUUUAUGAGUGCCAUAGAUAAAGGACGGAAGGAAUGAGGUUGACAUUCUGAGUCAAGGUGGCGGGCAGUCGAAGUGGAGAUGGAAAGAGGGAGUUAGAUUGUAGCUAUGAAUGAUUUGAAGAAAACACUUCAUUGGGCAGGGCUAUAAAAACCAGUAAAAACUGUGUUUAAAGAACUAAAUAAUUGUCCAUUUAUAUGACAAAUUGCUGGUACUGUGUAUUAAAUUGACAGCUUAUAAUACUAAUAAACUGACAGCUCUUCUGUCUCUGAUUGAGCUAAUGUAAGCUUCACAUAUGUGCUGCUUUAUAGCUUUAAAUACGGGACUCUCAGAUUCAGAACCUUACCAGUGACAAGAUUAAAAUAAAGACAUGUUACUGGUUCAACUGGGACAAUUUGACAACUGUUACACUCUCUGCCAACUGUCUGUCAUUUGCACUCAACAUUAGCUACCAGCUAGCUAGUAGCUUCUUGUCAGAUUGAUGUGUACAUGUCUAUGUACAUAAACACAGUCUACUGUACUAGAUAAAAAUGAUACAGAUGCAGCAUGCAGAGAGAAUAUUAACCACUGAGUAACGUCAGUCAGCUAUAAAUGGCAAAAUUGUCUUUACUCCGUAUGAGUCGGUGGUUGCUGAUUGAUUUAAGACAACGUUGAAGUAAGUUAUGUUAAAAUGUUCCAAACCUUGUCAACGUUGGAGCUUGGAGCAUUUGCUUUGGAGCACAACAACAAUGUUCUUUUUAUGGUACUUUUUAUGGCAUCGGUUUACUUUGGAGCCGACAUCAUAUCAGCAGCGAGAUGUUCAGAUGACACAAAGAGGCUGUGGAACGCUAGCCUGGAACAAAAAGCAAUGUCUUCCAGUAAAUUAUUAUAACCCUAACCUCACAGAGAAAAACAUUUUUCACCCAAACGGUCAGUUGUGAUUAUUAUUAUUUUAUUUUUUUUACUCUUUAGGGGGCUUAACAGGUUUGUGUGAAUCAAUGAAUACUAUGCACUUGUCUUGUCUUGAGCACAUGAACUGUAAGUGAAUCCUCUUUUUAAUUCCUGUUUUGUGGCCUUUAAGAUGCAGAACAAUGUUUAGCUGUUCAGUUACUGAUGGUGAACAAGGAUUAAGGAUUAUUAUGGUUAGGGUUUAGCAGGUACUGUAACACUGUCAAAUAGUUAUGUAAACGAUCCUGACAGUAAUGGUUAUCCAUUAACUAGCUUUACUAAAAGUGUGAAAGCAAACUGCAAUGUGUGUAUUUGACUGUGCAUGUUAUAUUGUGACAACGGCACACAAUGGCAAUGUGUGCUCCGACACUGUGUUACUGUGUCACUUGAAACCUGUAUUGUGUUGUAUAUUUGAACUGUUCAUAUUAGAGGACUUCUAUUUUUUCUAAAGAAACAUUUGGAAAAUAAAUCAUCCUGAAAUUCAUUUCA